UUUCACUCCUGAUGGGAGAGCACUGAACGCAAAAGGCAAUUGGACAGGUUUGAGUUCCCGCAACUGAAACGACGUUUCUGUGCUGGUUGGACGUCUCUCGCUCUUUUCAAACUAGUACAAUUCGCUCAUUCUUCUCUUAUACCCUCACUUUGCUUUAACACACACACUCUUUCUUUCGCUCGUAAUUGAAUCAUGUCGCCCAUGUUGACCGACGAUGUUGAUUCUUCCGCUCGUACUGACUCGUUAGGCGGAUCUAGCAAGUUCUGGCACCGCCCUUCUGAACAGUUCGAGGACUCGUCGUCAAAUGGUGGUUUAGAACACCAGGAAACGUUCCCAAUUGGCGACGACUACUACGGGGAAAACAACCUCUGGUUGGGUCAACAGGACCAGGCGACAACGAGUACCUCUCAAAAGCGACGACAGACAAAGAUGCUUCUUGUGGUGCUUAUCGAAUCGUUCUGCAGCGUGUACGGUGAACGACCUGAGGCCAACCACAAAGUCUUUUUCCUCAUCUGUCAAACGUUACGCUCGCUUGGUUUGAUUGACUCAGAAUUUGUCGACGAGAUGGCCAAUGUCCGAUCCACGUAUCAAAGCGCCUUCCAGCGUUUGUUUUACACGGCCGUACAGACGGUCCGCGACAGGGAGCUAUUCCAGCAGCAUCAGCGGAUGAUCAUGCAGUCGCCAUGGGCUGAUAGCGAGAACAAUGGUCAACCGCCCUCCAUAUCGGAAACCAACACGUCUUUAUCCUCCGAGCAGUUGCUGUUCAACCUGUCUGUUCAAAACUCGCGUUAUCGCAACGACUUUGUCGAAAUCAACAUGCUAGGAAAAGGCGGGUUCGCAAGUGUUUGGCGCGCGCGCAACAAAUUGGAUGGCAUUGAUUAUGCUGUCAAGAAGAUCCGGCUGGGAAGCAACUUGGAUACGGCACGUCAUGCGCCUUACGAAAAGAUCUUCCGAGAAAUUAAACACUUGGCGCGGCUAGAACAUAAAAAUGUGGUGCGUUAUUAUUCGUCGUGGCUCGAACUGGCUGUGGACGACCGUGUAGACGAAGAAGACGAAGAAGAAUACGGAGACUACGAGCAAGAUGAAGACGACGAAGGCAGCAUUUUCAAUGGCCGAGACCCAAUGUUCGACGAUAAUGAACUCAGCAUUCAGUUUGACGAUUAUUCUCAACCCAACUCUCGAACUCACAUCGACUUUGCCGACUACAGCGUCACGGACUCUAAAUCGAAUAGCGUUACUGUAUGCAAGCAAAAAAACAAUUCCCGAUCAUCUAAAGAUACAGUCAAUCCAUCAUUUGAUGGCGAAUGGGUGCUGUAUAUCCAAAUGCAAUUGUGUCCAGCAACGCUGCAUGAUUAUAUCAAGUUUCGCAAUCAGUCCGGUGAAGUCGAUCCUGAACGAAACAUUGAAAUUUUCACCGAGAUUCUAGAAGGUGCCGCUUAUAUCCACAGUCAAGGUGUCAUCCAUCGCGAUUUGAAGCCGACAAACAUCUUUCUAAAUAUGCCAUCGUCUACGGUUGAUUACCCACACCGGAAAUCCAGCCAGUCUUCGCUGCGUCGUCGCAGUCGAGCCAACAGUUUUGCCAGCCUAUCAUCAAGCUCACCCAGCCAUGGGAGCGGAAGCGCCGGCCACGACCAUAGCUUCUCGUUCGAUUCUGUCCUGACUCCCAGCGGUUUGCGCGAAUGCAUGUGGGACGAACCAUGGAUGCCAAAGAUUGGUGACUUUGGCCUGGCUGCUGCAAUGGAUACCGAGGAUGAUUCGAACUCGCCUGCAUCUAUGUCUAUGUUGCCUGCACCGCCGUUAUCCGACAGUCCAAAGAGUAGCAGCAGCGGCCAUAGUGCUAGCCAAGUCAGCCAACAGAGCCAGCAAAGCACACAGUCGUCGAGACUUCGACCAUCGAUGCAGCGGAAGCAUACCGUUGGUGUCGGCACGCGAACAUAUGCAUCGCCAGAGCAGCUCGCACGUACACCAAACGCCUAUGGCGAAAAGGUCGAUAUCUACUCUCUGGGAAUUAUUUUCUUUGAGCUGUACAAGCCAUUUUCGACAGCAAUGGAACGUGCGUCAGAAAUCGAAUGCUUGAAGAACGGUGUGUUUCCCGACGGUUUCGUAGAAAAGUACCCUAAGGAGUCUGCACUUAUUCUAUGGAUGAUGGAUCCUAACCCUAAUUGUCGACCCACUGCUGCACAACUACUCGAAUUUGAGCUGUUCAACAACAACGAUCCUAACGACAGUACUUUUGCGACAUUGCAAUCCGAGUUACAAGCCAAAUCACUUGCUUUGGACAAAAAAACCCAAGAAAUGGCAGUAUUGUGUGCUAAGAUGGAACGUCUCGAGCUCGAGAAACAGCGGGAAAUGUCUCUUAUGCAGCAAGAGAAAUUGGCCAUGCAACAAAGACUGCUGGAAUUGGAACAAAAGUUGGAGAAGGUCGAUUUGGAUACAAGAACUGCAGCAGCUACUGCCACUACCAAUUUGACGCCACCACAUAAAGUGGCAGCUGUGUCCCAAUAAUGAACUAGUUUUCACAUGUAUAUAUAGACCCAAAGAAAAAACUGUUUAAAAUUGUAAAUACUCUAUACUCCCCCUCUCAACAUCAUAAAACUUAAGAAAAAUACAUACCGUCAUUGAUUUUUAUGAUAUCGCAAUUAACUAUGGUGAAUUUG